CUUCCCGUCUAUCAAUUCUAUCAAUCUCUAUCUAUCAACUUAUCCUUUCCCUAUCGAUAUCCAUCUCUCUCCCGUCUCCCAUCGCCGCAUUCUAUCCAUUGAUACACCUACCACCCAUUAAAAAUCCCCAAACUCGAGAUCAAGAUGAUGGCAUCACACCCCACCGCAGCGGCCUCCGCUAAUAAUGAAUCACCGUCUACACAGCCAACUUGCCAGAAUUGCGGCACCUCGACCACUCCGCUAUGGCGUCGCGACGAGACCGGAUCCGUCCUAUGCAAUGCGUGCGGCCUAUUCCUGAAGCUACACGGCCGUCCACGUCCGAUAUCGUUAAAGACCGAUGUUAUCAAGAGCCGUAAUCGCGUUAAGACGAUGCGCCCCGACAUGCAAGUGAAGAAAAAGCAGAGUCUCCCUGCUACGAACGGAAAUGGGUACCAGAACCACGAGAAUGCAACUGCUGCCGCCCUUGCUGCCGUUCGCGCGAGUCAACAGAAGGCGACAAACGGUCAUGGUACAGAUUCGCCCGUGUCGCGCACUGCGACCCCGUCUUUGUAUGAUCCACAUCUGACUGCCUUCCAAGCUAUGGAUCAUUUCCAAUCGGAUGGUAUGCCGCAAUACCAAAUCCCCGGCGGUUCUCCUGGACACCAGUCUCCUAUGAAUGGCGAUCAGCAACAGAUGGAGGUUCCGCAAACCCACGAGCAGCUCAUCGCCGCCAAUUCCAGCCUGAAGACACGCGUCAGUGAGCUUGAGCUAGUCAACGAGCUCUACCGAGGACGAUUACAGCAAUUAGAGCAGGAUAUGCAGAACGCUGACAACUACCGACAUUCUGCGGAGAGUUCGGCUAAGGAAGCCGUAACCGAGCGAAUGCAACGAGAAGAGACUCAGCGACAGCUAGAAGAUAGCCACAGACGAGAGAAUAUCCUUAAGAGGCGACUUGACGAGAUGGAGCAGGAGAAUCAGGAUCUGAAGAGCAAGAUAGACGAGUCGGAAUCGGAACGUGCCGCGAAGAAGCCAAAACUCGACGAUAUGAAAGUUGAAGAGCCCGAGGUACCGACACCACCUUCUGCAUCCUGAACAUCGAGCAGUGACAGGAAUUGGUCUUGAUGGCCCUGGUUUUCUUUCUAACCGUAUUCAACGAUACCUUUCGGCUAUUCAAUUCAUCCUUUCCUUACCUGUAACACUAUUUAGUCACGAUUUCCCUUAUGCUCAGUUGGUGCUUUCUUUAUUCGGAAGUCCAGGGGGAGGAGACAGCAAAGGCAUUUCCGACUCGGACAGGUCCAUGGCUUCUUUAAUCAUUAGUUGAUGCGGGACGAUUACUUGUUGCGGCGGCCUACGGAUUGAUAUGGUCAAAAUCUCGAGCAGCUUCGCGACGUGGGAUAAACUCCAUUAUGACGAAAUGGCUUGGUCUUCGUGGCUAUCGACCCUGCGAUAGCUUGCUGGGAGAAAAUGGGGAAUACGAAAGGAGUUUUAUGGAGUCACCAAACUUGCCGGGAUACCACCCACUUACCGGCUAAUGGUCAAUAAAAGUUGAUUUGCAUUCUUAAUAAUGAUACUAGAGACCUCACUAGUUUAUAAUUCCCGAGGUUCUAUUCAUGCGAAUAAUAUCGUGGCAUAGAUAAACUAGAAAAUUAAGCUCAAAGCAACGUGUUUCCGCAA